AUCACAGCAAUGUUGCUGCCAUGCAUGCAACAUAUGGCAACGGCGGCAACAACUGCGGCAACAGCAUCCACAGCGUUUGCAAUCAGCAGCAAAUCAGCAACUACAGCAACAGCAACAACAUCAAUGGCAGCAACAGCAGCAGCAACAACAACAGCAACAUGAGCGCCAGCGGUUUGUUUGGCGCCGGCUAUGGCAACGAUUAUAUGGCCAAUGCAACAGCGGCUGCUGCAUAUGUGACACCAGCAACCGCAGCCGCUGCGGCAGCAGCAAUUGCAACAACAACAACAAUGCCAGCGGCAGUGAACACAACAACAAUGCUGUCUAAUUACUGCGAUGCUGCGACUAUGAUGAUGGCCGCGGCCGCUGUCAAUGCAAAUCAGUGCCUGCAACAACACCACCAGCGGCUGCUGCUGGCCAGCAGCAGCAACAGCAAUAGCAACAGCAGCAGCAAUAGCAACAGCAACAGCAACAGCAACAGCCAUGAGCAACUGGCCACGGCAGCGGUCACGGCCUCCGCCUCCGCCUCCUCGUCCUCGUCGUCAGCGGGCUCGCUGUCAUCGGCAUCGUCCACACCGACAGCGACGACUAUCGCGACAGCCCAGCAGCAACAGCAAGAGCAACAGCAACAGCAGCAGCAGCAGCCGCAACAACAACAGCAGCAGCAGCAACAGUCGCUGCCAUCGCCGCCAAAUUUAAUCGAUAUCAGUGAAGUUCCUCUCAUUGUGGAUGUCAAGUAGUGUAAUUAUUUAUGCAUAUUGAAAAAAAGAAAAAAACGAAAAAAAAAAAAACAAAAAAAAAAAUCUCUAAUGAAAAAUGUAAAAAAAAAAACGAGAAUCGUGUAGCUUAAUUGUUUUAAAAUCUCCUUUAGUUGUUGUAACUUGUACAUAAACAAUUUUCAACUUUCACCCAGGCGCCCACAACUGACAGCCGAAUGCGGUUUUGUAUCUUGUAGAUACAAUGCAGCUCCCUGGCUAAAAGUCGCAAGAAGAAAAAUACCGAAAUUCCUGAACGUAAAACGCUCAGAGAUUUUUCCAGGUUUUCUUUUCUUUUUUUUUGUGGGCAUCCAUCAGUUCUACGUCUAUGUCUGUAUAAUAUUUAAAGGCACUGAGUUCUACUUAAUUUUAAUGCAAAUGAAAUCUAAACUAAACUUCUUUAUAUACCCUCCCACAAGCAAUGAAACAUAAACAA